AGUGUAUAUAAAAACCCAGCCACUUUGACAUUAGGGUUUUUCUCUGAGCUUUAAAGCAGUAAGGGAGAGAGAGAGAGCGCAGCAGCUGCUUGCACAAACCCUCAAACCCCCUCUCUCAUUCAUCAACCAUGGCCGUCGGGAAGAACAAGAGGAUUUCCAAGGGUAAGAAGGGAGGCAAGAAGAAAGCUUCGGAUCCAUUUGCUAAGAAGGAUUGGUAUGAUAUCAAGGCUCCUUCUAUCUUCAACAUUAGGAAUGUUGGCAAAACCCUAGUUACCCGUACUCAGGGUACCAAGAUUGCAUCUGAAGGUCUCAAGCACAGAGUGUUUGAAAUUUCAUUGGCUGAUCUUCAAAAUGAUGAGGAUCAAUUCUUCAGGAAGAUCCGUCUCAGAGCUGAGGAUGUUCAGGGCCGUAAUGUGCUCACUAACUUCUGGGGUAUGGACUUCACCACAGACAAGUUGAGGUCCCUUGUUCGCAAGUGGCAAACUUUGAUUGAGGCUCAUGUUGAUGUCAAGACCACUGACAACUUCACCCUGCGUAUGUUCUGUAUUGCCUUCACAAAGAGGCGCCCUAACCAGGUCAAGAGGACCACCUAUGCUCAGUCUAGCCAGAUCCGCCAGAUCCGCCGCAAGAUGCGUGAGAUCAUGGUCAACCAGGCUAGCUCUUGUGAUCUUAAGGAUCUUGUUGCUAAAUUCAUCCCUGAGUCUAUUGGCAAGGAGAUUGAAAAGGCUACAACUGGUAUCUACCCCCUGCAAAACGUGUACAUCAGGAAGGUUAAAAUCCUCAAGGCCCCCAAAUUCGAUCUUGGAAAAUUGAUGGAGGUUCACGGUGAUUACUCUGAGGACGUAGGUGUAAAGCUAGACAGGCCAGCUGAGGAAACUGCUGCUGAGGGUGAGGCCACAGAAGUUGUUGGUGCUUAGACAAAAUCUUCUUCAUGUUCUAGUAAUAUAGAUGCUGUUUAGCAAACUUUUUUUAUGAUGAAUUUGAUUAGUAGAAGUUUUGGAGUGGUAUCUUUAUGUUAAAGUUGUAAGAUGAUUUUUCUUGGGAAAUUUUUGUGUUUGAACGCCUGUGUUUCCUACCUUGGUAUCACAAUUCCCAUCUCAUAUAUUUAUAAUUUUGCUUGGGAGUUGUAUCUCCUGCAUUGCUAA